CGAAAUCUGCGUCAGACAAUCACUUCCUCAGGUAGGAGUGGAUAACCUUGACAAAUCCGCGCGCAGUUUUGACCCCCUUUUUCUCUCCCAGCGUCCCUCCUCCUCCACGCAGGGAUGCUGUGACGCCCGUACAACAAGUGAAAAGAGUGGCAGGUGAUCAUUUGUCAUUGUGUUUAAUGAGCGGCACUUUGUGCGUCACGGUGCGCCCCGGACUCUCCACCCUGCAUGUCAAUUGAAGGCAGCGCAGCAUGUGAUGCUCCGUCCUCCUCCACCGUCCUGAGAGCGCUCAGUCAGUAACACAGCCAUACGAGAGCUGCACGGCGGCUGCAUUCAUGCCCCUCUACACAUAUUCUCUGACAACUGCCUUCACCUCCAACCUUGGAUAUUGCUGAUCGCUGCAGAGGACUCACGGACCGAGGCCAAGAACUGGAAUCCAGCUGUCACUCUUCAGCAUUGCCCUCACAGCUGCUCAUCCCUUCUCCAUUCUUUGCCUCUGCCACUUCUUUCUAUUUGCACCGGUUUCUCUAUUUCUUUUGCUUUCUCUCUCCACCCCCGCCCCCCAUCCUGACCCCCAGCCUCCCUGAUGCCUAAGAACAGCAAGGUGACGCAGCGCGAGCAGAGCCAUGAGCACGUCACAGAGUCGGUGGCCGACCUGCUCGCACACGAGGAGCCGCUCGACUACAAGAACAGCUCCCUGAACGUCGGAGGGGCCGCGGGGAAGAAAGUCCCGCAGAUAGAGGUGCCUGAAAGCGAUGGACGACCCGCCUGGAACAGCAAACUGCAGUACAUCCUGGCCCAGGUGGGCUUCUCUGUGGGGCUGGGGAACGUAUGGCGCUUCCCCUACCUGUGCCAAAAGAAUGGAGGAGGUGCCUAUCUGGUUCCCUACUUCAUCCUCCUCCUCAUCAUCGGCAUCCCUCUCUUCUUCUUGGAGCUGGCUGUGGGUCAGAAGAUCCGACGUGGGAGCAUCGGGGUCUGGAACUACGUCUGUCCUCGUCUGGGUGGGAUAGGGAUGUCAAGUCUGAUGGUGUGUGGCUUUGUGGGUCUCUACUAUAAUGUGAUCAUCGGCUGGAGCAUCUUUUAUUUCUUCCAGUCCUUCCAGUAUCCUCUACCAUGGAGCGACUGCCCAAUCAGAAAGAAUGGGACACUUGCCAUUGUGGAGCCAGAGUGUGACAAAAGCUCGGCUACUACCUAUUUCUGGUACCGUCAGACUCUGAACACGACCAGCACCAUCGCAGAGAGUGGCGGGCUCAACGUCAAAAUGACCCUGUCUCUGCUGGUCGCCUGGAUCAUCGUCUGCCUCGCCGUCAUUAAAGGAAUCGCCUCGUCUGGGAAGGUGAUGUACUUCAGUUCUCUGUUCCCCUACGUGGUGCUGUUCUGCUUCCUGGUCAGAGGUUUGAUGCUGAAGGGUUCAGUAGACGGCAUCGCACAUAUGUUUACUCCCAAGUUGGAGAAGAUGUUGGAGCCUCAGGUGUGGAGGGAGGCAGCCACCCAGGUCUUCUUCGCUCUGGGUCUGGGCUUCGGAGGAGUCAUAGCCUUCUCCAGCUACAAUAAGAUCGACAACAACUGUCAUUUUGACGCUGUGCUCGUCUCUUUCAUCAACUUCUUCACUUCCAUUUUGGCCACGCUGGUGGUUUUUGCCGUGCUGGGCUUCAAGGCCAACAUCAUGAAUGAAAAGUGUGUCGUCGAGAAUGCAGAGAAGAUCCUGGGAUACCUCAACUCCAACGUCCUCAGUCACGAUCUUAUUCCACCACAUGUGAACUUUUCCCAUCUCACCACAUCAGACUACGCAGAGAUGUACGGCGUCAUCAAGACUGUGAAAGAGGACGGCUUCGCCCAGCUGGGUCUGGAGCCUUGUGUCCUGGUGGACGAGCUCAACAAGGCUGUCCAGGGCACCGGUUUGGCCUUCAUCGCCUUCACUGAAGCCAUGACCCAUUUCCCAGCGUCUCCGUUUUGGUCCGUCAUGUUCUUCUUCAUGCUCAUCAACCUCGGUCUGGGCAGCAUGAUUGGCACCAUGACUGGCAUCACCACGCCUGUCCUUGACGCUUACAAAAUUCAGAAGGAGCUUCUCACAGUGGGUUGCUGCAUUGUGGCUUUCUUCUGCGGCCUGUUGUUCGUGCAGCGCUCAGGAAAUUACUUUGUCACCAUGUUUGACGACUAUUCAGCUGGUCUGCCACUCACAGUAGUAGUCAUCUUGGAAAAUGUGUCUGUCGCUUGGAUAUACGGCACUAAAAGGUUCAUGCAGGACCUGGAGGACAUGUUGGGUUUCCGGCCGUGUAUAAUCUACUUCUACCUGUGGAAGUACGUCUCCCCUCUCUGUCUCAUCGUUCUCAUCUCAGCCUCUGUCAUAGAGAUGACCGUCAGCCCACCAGGAUACAACGCCUGGGUUCAAGAGCUGGCUCAGGAACGCUUCCAGAGUUACCCUCCCUGGGCUCUGGCCAUGUGUUUCGCUCUUAUCAUCGUGGCCAUGCUUCCCCUGCCCGUUGUCUUCAUCGCCCGCCACUUCAACUUGAUGUCCGACGGCUCCAACAAGCUGUCUGUCUCCUACCGGAAAACUAUGAUGAAAGACAUGUCCAACCUGGAGGAGCAGGACGAGGCCAGAUUCAUACUCGGCGCAAAACCCGGCGAGGCCCCCGUAGCGCCGGCACGCAGAGCCUACCUGACCCCUGGAGGGAACAAACCCACGGACCCCAACUCCCUGUCACCAAACAGCUGCUAUGGUACAAGCUACCAAAACGCUGCCAUAAGCCCGACCACACCGAGCACACCGGACACGCCUGUCACACCAGAGUCUGACUCUUGAAUGCUCUCCAACUCUGACAAACACCCCUCAGACCCCCACCCUGUAGUACAGUUUACGUUUCAGCCAUAAAGCCUCCACCGGGGGCCACUGUAGCACCAAGUAUCCCCUCUACUGCCCUGUUAACGCCACAAAACUACAUGUAGCCACUUUAUCUGAGCACACGCUUCCCAAAAUAACACCAAGGAACCACCUGACAAGAUUUCAGAAGGUUUCAGAGCAUCUAGAUAAGUCUUUGGAGAUAUUUGUUAUUACCAGGAGGGAAAAAAAAGACAAAAGUCACUCCUGAUCAAACACUGGAAUCAGGUUAAUAGUUACGUACUGUACAUUUGUAUCUACUGUGUAUUUAAAGUCAUCAGGUUUAUGUGCUGUAGACGACGUCCUGUGAUCUGCUUUUCUUUGCCUUAGUAGAGGGAUCCUCAGCAGACACAGUCCUCACAGUGUGAUGCACAUGUUUGUGUGCACAGUUCAGGGGAUCUGAAAGAAUGAAUGUAGAGGAGUCGGUUUGGUCCUGGUGUCUGAACAGGUGGAAAACCACAGCAGGUUUAGGAGUGUGAUUAUUUAAAAUUUGUCAGUGUUUCCGUUGCCGCCCUCUGUAGGAAUACUGGGAGUCACAGACCAGGUCAUGUUCUGUUAUGUGGUGCGUCUACGUUGAGCACAGACACACAUCACCUAGAAAAGAUCGUCUUGUCGUGUAGAUUUGUUUCAUGGGACUCUCUGUAAUGUAAAAUAUGCUGAAGGCUGCUCUAAAGACACCCGUUAUGUUCCAUUCAGACCUCAAGUCAACCUCCUGCUGUAUUUUGUGCGUAGUCCUUAAUGUUCAUUCUGUAAAAACAGCGAUGUACAGUGUAGUAAUGUAAUAUAGGAUUAUAUAGUUUUUGUUACCCGCCGUUUAAAACCACAGUGUCAUCAUCCAUUACACACAACUUGUGCUGUAGAAAAUCACUAAUUUCAGUUUCACCAAAGAGUAAAAAGUAAAUAACAAAACACUUGAAAACUAGUCCAGGUUUAUAGUCCUGAACCACAAAGAUCAGAGACAGGAAGCACAGUUUGUUAAUGUGGAUUCAUGCAAAUGGCCAGUUUGUUUGUUCGUUUGUGCAGUUUUUACUUUCAUCCUAUGAAAAUAAUACAAGAAAAGCACAAAAGAGAAGCUUCUUGUGCACAAAAGAAUUACUGGCUCACAUGUGAAAUUCAAAUUAACUGCUGUAGUAAGAUACUUUAUGCCCUAAUUAAGCAAUAUAUAUAAAUGUUUAUUGGAGCACAAACCAAAAUGCACAAACUAUGUUCACUGUGAACCAAAACAUGAUGAACAUAAAGUAGAAAUAUCAGCAAUGGAUGAAAGAUUUAAAAUCUGUAAGAGCAAAAUUAUAUAAAAUCAUGUAACCUCUAAUGUGAUAGUAUGCACAUCUGAACGCCUUAGACUGAUGCACAAACAGAAACAUACAUGCACACAUUCACUGUUUGCUGUAUAUUUGUCAAACACUAAACCUCUUGAAGUGUAUUUAAGGCAAACAGUGACAUUAACUCGAUUAAAACGGAGGUUCCUUUGUGCUGAUGGUCUUUGACUUCCAUUAAACUGAACUCAAACCUCUGAACAAAGAAAUCUUGACAUGAACAUGUUUCAUUUUUUUGCACACACUGAAGGUGAAUAGUUGCGGAGACGUGUCUACAAGUUCAAACUGAGCACAUUUACAUUCCUGUUAUAUGGAAAGUGAUACCUUUACUUAUUUUUUUAUCACAGUACUCAAAGCCAUGGUGUUAAAGUUUAAAUGGACUAUAUUUAUAUUCCUGUAUAUUUGCUGUUAUGUAGGUGUGAAGACGAACAACAAAGGUUUAUCUUUUACAAGUGAUCAGUAUAUAUAGUGUAUAUUUUCAUCUUGUGUGACGCUUAUUGGGACUGUAUAUUUUAAGAAUUUUCUGUUUUGGAGUCUGUGUAGCCGGUUUUGUUGUGGGACGUGACGAUGCUGCUGUGAGGAGGAGAUGAAGUGUGGUCUCAGUGUCGUCUUGUGUGAGCAGCCGCUGCGUCUCGUGUCAGGUGACGUCUCUGCUUCAGGUUUACUGGUCCACUUGUUUCUAGCCACACUAUCAGUUUAACACUAGAUACUGUCAAAGAUGCCGUUUUGCACUCGUCCAUGACGGCAUAGUAUUACAAUUAACCUCAGUUAUAUGCUAAUAAACACAUCCCUUUUGAAAGCCGAAGUACUUCAUGCUAAACAAUCCAGAUUUGAAAGAUGAUGCGUGCACUGGCAAGCUAACAUGAUGCACUUUUUUAUGAGUUGGAGAGCAGCUGACUUUGUAAAUAGCUAAGGCUGAAAAACAAGUCAUGUUGAGAGCAGCUGAGGCUAAGAGCAGAGGCUCUAGGUGUGCAGGAACCCAAUCAGUGACAUAAACAAACAUCACUAGUUAAUCGGCUGAGUUUUAUUCUUCAAGUAACAGAAAACACAAAAGUACAAACCUGGGUCUGCUGAAAAUAUUAGUAGAAAUAUUCUUAUAAGCCUCUUUCUUUAUUACAUAAGGCAUUACUGACUGGACAGUACUUACACGCAGGGUUAUGUGAUUGGCCUAUUAUAAAACAUUGCCGAUGAAAACAACUAAGUAUCUGAGCGACUAGUUAAUAUCUAUAUAAGUACAUCUCAAACAAAGGAAAAUGGCUCAUUUCUGUCCUCAGAAGAUCAAGAUGGUCCCAAUACUCUACCACUAAUAGGAUUGCAUUAAUAAUUUCUGACUAUAAGUAAUAUGCUUUAUUGCAAAAACAUCCAACAAAGUAUUGAUCACAUAAAGAUUAACAAAGCAUUUCCUCUACCAACAUCUGAGUAAUUCAUGAAUGAAUUUAGUAGCUUUUUCAUUUGAUAAUGUGUAAUUGAUGACAUUUGAGUAACUUUUCCAGGACUAAGGAGGUGUAUCAUCAGUAUAGCCACAUUUGUUUUUUAAGGUUCAAAUAUGACCAACUUGCAUGAAUGUAUUUACAUUUGCGUAUAAAGACACCUGCAUGAGUCGUGCAUUAAUAUUAUAGGAAAGUGUGUAAAUUCUCUAACAUUCAUGUUGCAUUUCAUCUGAAGCAAACCUGUGAAAUGUGCAGCUGAGCCUGAUGUAAUCUUCCUCCUGGUGCCCCCUUCAGGCCCAACUUUACUCCAUUUUGCCCUCUAGUGGCAGAUCUAACAGCAAUAAGUUGUUCCAAUUAUUCACCCUUCGAAGUGCUGUUUCCUCAGGACUGCUAGUGUGGCUACAAACGUUUUAAGUCUCGUUUUGUUUCUUGUGUUGUUUUAGUUUCUGUGAGCCGGGUACUUCCUGCUGAGAGUGUAGCAUGUAGAGGUCUCUGUUUUGUUCAAGUCUGUAAAUAAUCUUGUGUAACCAAACCAUUCUGACAAUAGUUUUUAAUUCAUGUGAAGUAUAGAAAUAUAUCAGCGUCUUAACAGUUUUAGCAGUAAAUGUAACAAAAAGUAAUAAUGAAUGUGAUAAAUGCACUUUUUUCACAAAGACUGCAGCAGAAGUCAGCAUUUGUUUAGUUGUCCUGAUAGCAGUAAAUUCAAGGUCGGUGUAAAAGCAAUAUCACAGUAUUUAAACCGCAGAAAAAACGUGGCUGAAAGAAAAUCUUGACAUCUGAGUGUCUGUUGUAAUAGUAAUCAUUGGGAACCAACCCUUAUAAUGAAAGGGACAUUAUGACUGGUACUUUCAAGUGCUGAUCAGUGUGUGUGUGUGUGUGUGUGUGUGUGUGUGUGUGUGUGUGUGUGUGUGUGUGUGUGUCUGUGUCUGUGUCUGUGUCUGUGUGUGUGUGUGCGCAGCGCCUUACUGAACACACAUUUCGAGCACCGUCUGUACAGGAGACACGUUUAGAAAUGUCCCUUUACAGCUUCUCUCCUCAGUCAUAAUAUGAUUGUAUGAUAUUAGUGUAAAAAACAUCAUGAAUAAUAAAGAGUGGACAAGC